UAAAAUUACAAAAAGUAGAUCGCAGACGCACCAGCCGCAGCCUGCCUUUUGCUUUUGCAAUUUUAAAUUUUAAUAAUAGCAGUGAGGCUUACGGCAUAGGUUGUUCUAGGUUGUUGGUGCGUUUCGGUAUUGGUAUUGUCACGUUGGUGCUAGCGCGGUAAUUACGUAAGGCGUUACAACUGCCGGGUGGUGUCGGGUUUCUAUGAUUUGGGGAUUAUUUACUAACUAAUAUUAAAUCUACAAAUUAUCAAAAUGUUAAAUUUAAAAAUGAUUUCUAAAUUCGCGCCUCUUAAAUCGAGAAGUGCGGAAAUUAGCACAUUACUUAAGACCUUACCAGCAGCAUGCAGUCAGCUUCAGGGCAGGACUUAUGCGGACCAUGUUAUUCCAGACAGAUUAAAGGAUAUGCCUACCAACGCUAAUCCUAGAUUUUUCGACAUGGUUGAAUAUUUCUUCCACAAAGCCUGCGUUUUAGUAGAGGAUAAAUUGGUGGAAGACUUAGGAAACGUCAAGGGAUCCAGGUUAAAUUUGGAUCAAAGAAAAGCCAAAGUAAAAGGUAUUUUAACCUUUAUGGAACAAUGUGAUCAUAUUCUCGAAGUUGCCUUUCCCAUUAAGAGGGACAAUGGGCAGUAUGAAAUCAUUAAAGGGUACAGAGCUCAACACAGCACCCACAGGACUCCAUGCAAAGGGGGUAUGCGUUUCUCCAUGGACGUUUCCAGAGACGAAGUCAAAGCUUUGGCAGCCUUGAUGACAUUCAAAUGCGCCUGUGUAGACGUUCCAUUCGGAGGAGCCAAAGCCGGAGUUAAAAUCGACCACAAGAAAUACUCUGAACAUGAAUUAGAAAAGAUCACUAGGAGAUUUACUUUGGAAUUGGUCAAAAAAGGAUUUAUUGGACCCAGUAUUGAUGUACCUGCUCCUGACAUGGGUACCGGCGAAAGAGAAAUGUCCUGGUUAGCCGACACAUACGCCAAAACCAUUGGUUUCCAAGAUAUAAAUAACCAUGCCUGUACUACUGGAAAACCCAUCAACCAGGGAGGUAUUCACGGACGUGUCUCUGCUACUGGUCGUGGAGUUUUCCAUGGUAUUGAAAAUUUCAGCAACGAGGAAAGUUACAUGCAAAAGUGUGGAUUGACAACUGGCAUCAGAGGAAAAACCGUAAUUAUUCAAGGUUUCGGUAAUGUCGGUUUGCACACCAUGAGAUACCUCCACAGGGCAGGCGCCAAAGUAAUUGGUGUUAUUGAAUAUGAUGGAUCUAUCUUCAAUGAAAACGGUAUUGACCCCAAGGACCUUGAAGAUUACAGAGUUACCAACGGUAGCAUUAACGGUUUUCCUGGAGCCAAGAAAUACGACGAUAACUUACUAUUCCACGAAUGUGAUAUCUUGGUACCCGCUGCUACUGAAAAAGUAAUUACCAAAGACAAUGCCGACAAAGUCAAAGCUAAAAUCAUCGCUGAAGCCGCCAACGGACCAUUGACACCAGCCGCUGAUGAAAUCUUACUUAAAAAGAAUGUGCUAGUCAUUCCCGAUUUGUACGUUAACGCUGGUGGUGUGACAGUCUCAUUCUUUGAAUGGUUAAAGAACAUCAACCACGUUUCAUACGGACGAUUGACCUUCAAAUAUGAAAAGGACUCCAACUACCAUUUAUUACAAUCUGUUCAAGAAUCUCUCGAAAGGAAAUUUACCGACAUAGGAUCAAUCCCCAUCUUGCCAUCUGCACCCUUCAACAAGAGAAUUGCUGGUGCUUCUGAAAAAGAUAUUGUACAUUCUGGUCUUAGUUUCACAAUGGAAAGAUCUGCAAAGGCUAUCCUUAAAACCGCCAGUCAGUACAACCUUGGUCUCGAUUUAAGAAGCGCAGCUUACAUCAACUCCGUUCAGAAGAUUUUCCAAACCUACUCAGAGGCUGGUCUUACUUUCUAAACACUUUUUACCUGAGGGUGAAAUAUAAAAUACUAACUAUCAAAUGUUACCUUAUGCUGUUAUACUAACUAUGCUGUUUAAAACUUAUAAUGGUAAAAUGAUAAUCAUUCGCUAUCCGGAAUCCGGAUAAUUUUUCGCUAGACGUUAUAGGUAUACAAAUUUUAUAAUCAUUCAUAACCAACUUUAAUGAAUGAUUUUAUACACGGACUUUAUUAGUGCCACUAUUAAUAUCUUACACAUUUUAUAAUAUUCAAUUUCAUUAUACAACCAUAUAUACAACUAUGUAAUUAUAAGAAUGUAUUUACAAUCGUACAAUGUACAUGUUACUUUAAAAUAAAUUUAAAACAUUUCA